AUGGCCGAUUCUGACCAAGUUAGAGAAGCUGCUGAUAGUGUCAUGGCGUCAAUUGAACAUCGAGCUUUUUUGAAAGUGCUUGCGCGUAAUAACUGGACUAAUCAUCAAAUCAAUUCGGAAAUGGUAAAUGCUUUUCAGGGUGCGUGCCCUAGUGUCCCUACAAUGAAUAGGUGGAUCCGCGAGUUUAGGUGUGGUCGGGAAGACCUUAAUAAUCAAACGCAAAGAGAAGGUAGCCUCCAAAUUGAUUACUCAAAAUUGGUCCACCCUGUACGUGCUGCGAUUGAGAAUGAUCGAAAUAUUUCAAUUGAUAAUCUUGCAGCAAUGUUCAAGGUAUCAUAUGGUACUAUGCAUCAUAUUGUUAAGGACCUGUUAGGUAUGAGAAAGUUGACCCCAAGGAAAGUGCCUCAUGAUUUGUCCCAAGCCCAAAAAGACAAACGUGUUGAGAUUUGUAAAAGAGCUUUGGAGUUCCUUGAGCAGGUCGGAACUAAGUUUUUCGAUUAUGUUUUCACUAUGGACGAGACUUGGGUCUCUGUUUACUCCCCUGAAUCAAGAACUGAGUCCCUAGAGUGGGUAUCUGACCCGAAAGAGCUGUCCGAAAGGUCAACUAGCGACAAAAGAGACCCAAAGAUUAUGGCUUGUGUUUUUUGGUCAGCAGAUGGUAUAAUCACUACUUUUUGGCUUCCACAAGGUACAACAGUUAAUGCUGAACUAUAUAGAAGUCAAUUGAAAGAAGUUGACCCACUGGUCAGACGCGCAAGGGGAAAGAAACCACUUUUCCUCCAAGACAAUGCGAGGCCUCAUAAAGCCAAGGAUACGAUGGAGUUUAUCAAGGAAUUAGGCUGGUUUGCAAUUGAACACCCCCCAUAUUCACCUGACCUAGCCCCUUCUGAUUAUUUUUUGUUCAAAAAUUUGAAACAAUUUCUACGCGGGAAACGCUAUCCAUCGGUUGAAGCCGUCAAGACGGCUGUAACUGAGUUUUUUUAUUCUAAGCCGCCAUCUUGGUUUAGGGCGGGGCUAGAAGCUCUUCCUUCUCGCUGGCAGAAAUGUAUUGAUCCCGAAGGCAAUUACUUCAGUUAA